UUGAUUUGGUCAUUCCAAACCUAAAAGUCAAGCUAACAGCAGCAUUCAAAUUAUAUUUUUUCGGAUUCUGAUUCCCAAUAAGCUACUUUUGCGUCUCGCCUUUUUGUUUUAAGUAGUUCGAAUCGAACAAAUUCAAAAUGCACUAUAUAUCCGCCGUAACAAACUUGCUGCUCAUUGCGGCCUGCGUAUACGCAUUUUAUACCCUGGCACCCGCCGAGAAUCCAUACGGCUAUCUGGCGGCAUCCUUUAGCCUGGCUCACGGACUGCUGGGCUUAGUGCGGGCAUAUUACGAAGAGGAGGACGAAUGCGGACGUGCAUUCAUAUUCUCGGCCAGCAUUCUGGAGGUGAUACCGCUGCCGCUAGCCAAUAUAGAGUUUUACCUUAUAUCCGAUCACUCCGCCAUGGCACUGGUGCAUGCCUUGUCAUUUAUACCGCUUUUCUACGACGUCCUGGGGAAGAUGGGCGAUGAGUGGGACAGUUCCACGGAGGCUCUGAAGGAUAUGGCUCUGCUUGCCAAUAUUGCUUCCGCUUCGUAUCUUGGCUUUAACGAUGACAACCUGUUUUAUUACGCCGUAGCGGGCCUGGCUUUUUUGGCCAGAUACGGUGCAAUUUUGUUUGAAUACUUGAUGGAAGGUGCUGGCGCACAUUUGGCUACAUUGGGAAGUGCUGGAAUCGUGGGCCUGAUGGCCUACACACUUACUAACUGAUUUCAACAAUAAAAUAAUGCAGCUUUUAUAAUAACAAACUAA